AUGUCAGGCUUUGGAAGCUUCGUCUCCAUCUGCGAGAAUGCGCCUCUCCCCAUGUGCGCCUCGCUCGGGCCUGUUCUCGCUUCCUCCGGCCGCAACGGCAUCGACGCCGACUGCUUCUCUCGCAACAUUGAACUCGCCAACACGAUUAUCUUUGAGGGGGCCGCCUCGGUCCUACACAUUGUGGCCCUCAUCAUGACCAUCAUUAUGAUCCUACACGUUCGAUCCAAGUUCACGGCCGUGGGGCGAAAGGAGAUUCUCACCUUCUUCUACCUCUACAUGAUCCUGACAGCCAUCUCCCUCGUGAUGGACGCUGGUGUGGUGCCACCUGGCAGCGCGCCCUUUCCAUACUUUGCGGCGAUUCAGAAUGGACUGAGCAGCGCGGUUGUCACGGCCCUGCUGAUCAAUGGAUUCGUGGGGUUUCAGCUCUACGAAGAUGGCACACCUCUGUCUGUCUGGAUGCUUAGGGUGUGCUCCGCCAUCGCGUUCGCCAUCACGUUCCUCGUCUCGCUGGGAACCUUCAAGUCGAUUGCCGGGAUGAGCCCAACGAACACCGUUGGUCUGUUCGUGGUCCUGUAUCUUUUGAACGCGAUCCAGUUGGCUGUGUACGUGGGUAUGCAAAUCCUGCUGGUCACGCAGACCUUGCAGGAUCGCUGGCCUCUGGGUGACAUUGUCUUCGGCGUUUUCUUCUUCAUUGUGGGCCAGGUUGUUCUCUACGCCUUCAGCGCCAAGAUCUGCACGGCUGUGAGCCACUAUUUUGAUGGCCUCCUUAUCGCGACGGGCUGCAAUCUGCUGGCCAUCAUGAUGGUGUACAAGUACUGGGACUCAAUCACCAAAGAGGAUCUCGAGUUUUCCGUCGGCACACGUAUGAACAACUGGGAAGUGAAGGAUCUCCUGCCCGAGGAGGACCGUCGGGCCACAGUCUACACAGACGACCCCUAUGGCCACACGAGCGCGUACGAUAUGCCUUACUCGCCCACGACAGCGCGAUACUCGACAAAGUAUUGA